AUGGAAAGUCAUAGGAACAUUUCAGAAUUCAUUCUUUUGGGACUUUCCUACAAUCAGAACAUACAAAUAUUUUGCUUCGUGUUUUUCUUGUUCUGUUAUGUGGUCAUCUUGGCGGGGAACCUUUUGAUCCUUGUCUCCAUUCGAUGCAGUGCCCUUUUUCACCAACCGAUGUACUAUUUCCUCAGCCACUUAUCCUUUAUGGACAUUUGCUACACCUCCUGUGUGACACCCAAACUGAUAGGUGAUCUGCUACUGGCCAAAAAAACCAUCUCUUAUGACAAUUGCAUGUUACAGGUCUUUGCCAUGCACUUCUUUGGCAUCAUCGAGGUCUUCGUCCUCACAGUCAUGGCAUUUGAUCGCUACGUUGCCAUCUGCAAACCUCUCCACUACAUGCUUAUCAUGAACAGGACAAGGUGCAAUUUUUUCGUCUUGGCUGCUUGGGCUGGUGGGGCCGUCCAUUCUUUUUCUCAGUUUUCCAUGAUAUUCCAGUUGCCCUUCUGUGGUCCCAAUGAAAUCGAUCACUACUAUUGUGAUAUCUUCCCUCUGCUGAAAGUUGCCUUUACUGACACCUACAUCACUGGUGUCCUGGUUGUUGCCAAUUCAGGUAUAGUCGCUUUAGUGACUUUUGUGCUCUUGUUUGGGUCUUAUGUUGUUAUAUUGUUCACUUUAAGACAUCACUCAGCUGAAGGAAGACGCAAAGCCCUCUCCACCUGUGGGUCCCAUAUUUCUGUGGUCAUCUUAUUUUUUGGGCCUUCAAUCUUUGCCUACCUUCGACCUCCGACCACUUUCCCUGAGGACAAAAUAUUUGCUCUGUUGUACACCAUCAUUGCUCCCAUGUUCAAUCCCUUAAUCUACACGCUGAGAAAUACAGAGAUGAAAAAUGCCACAAGAAAGGUUUGGUGUCAAAAGAUAUUUUUAGAAGAAAAAUGUAAUUGA